AUAUUAUACUUGUUCGACCAAAAUAGUCAGUUAUUGAACAGUACUUGCGUCAUUUUGGUUGUUUACUAAUUAGAGUGUAAACAGAGUGACUUACAGUCAAAAUAUAAAUCAUGUUAAGUUUGAUUUAGGCGGAGCGACGAACAAAGAAAGUAAGAAAGAAAUAAAAGAUUAAAUUCAUUGAUAAUUACAAUUCUAACUAUACCUUAAUAUAUGAUUGGAUUAAAUUGAGUGUGAAUUAUUUUAAGUGACGAAUAUUAACACAUAUUAUGACAUAAAUUAUUAAUAUUUGGAGGUAGUGCCGAAGAACAUGAACGGUAUAUAAGUCGGUGAGAUAAGGCUUAUGAUCAUUACUGAUAACGUCUAACUUUAACAGUGUGUUAUCAAGAUAUAUAUUAACCGUAAAUGAAAUUAUAGAGCCACUCGCUGUUAAAAUGUCGAACAAUAAAUUACUGUUAGUAUUUUUCAUCACUUUCGCAUAUUACUCACAAUGUUUGUGUCGCACUAUCCGCAAGCGAGACACGAUGAGCUGCGACAUAACGGAAGGAAUAAAUAUCGAAGAAUACGGUUACAAAGCCCAGGAUCAGAAGGACCUCACGGACUUUUUGAUCGACUCUCGAUACUGCUUCCGAUUCAAGGGUGACACCUGGACGGCUGACCCCUAUGGAGUUCGAAAGGCCGCUAGGUUUUACAAGCCCGAGUUGAUGAAAAAACACAAUUGCUCUAAUUUUGAACUCUGCCACUUUCCCGAAUUUCCCUACGAUGAGUUGACGACAAACGAAAAGAAGCUACAAAAAUUUAUAAAAAUUCUUCUUGGAUUCAAAUAAUCCAAUUGCUGAUCUGUCAAUAAGUGCCUGACUAAUAUUUAUAAUAGAUUUUUUAUGU